AAAACUUUUUAGAAAAAAUCUGAAGAUUCACAAAUGUGGUCCAAAUGAUUCGCCCCCUCGACGCCAUAUUUGUAAGUCUGGAGACGAAGACAAAAUCAUUUUCACAUCAGAGUUCACACAUUUUACCGUACUAGCGCACCCCUAUUCCAAUGGGAAUCGUAGAAGAAGCUCACAACAUCAAGGUCGUCGGCUCCGGCGAGCAAACAAUCGUCUUGGCGCACGGCUUCGGCACCGACCAGUCGGUGUGGAAGCACCUCGUCCCCCAUCUCCUCGAAGAUUAUCGCGUCGUUUUGUAUGAUAACAUGGGCUCCGGCGCCACCAAUCCUGACUACUUCGAUUUCAACAGAUACGCAACUCUUGAAGGUUAUGCCUACGAUUUGCUUGCGAUUUUUGAAGAGCUGAAAAUUGAGUCCUGUAUUUUCGUCGGGCAUUCUGUUUCUUGCAUGGUUGGGGCCAUGGCCUCCAUCUCCCGCCCUGAUCUCUUCACCAAAAUCGUCAUGAUCUCCGGUUCCCCGAGGUAUUUGAAUGAUGUGGAUUACUUUGGAGGUUUUGAGCAAGAAGAUCUCUACCAGCUAUUUGAAGCCAUGAGGUCCAAUUACAAGGCGUGGUGUUCAGGUUUCGCACCGCUAAUUGUGGGCAGCGACAUGGACUCGGUGGCGGUUCAAGAAUUCAGCCGAACCCUGUUCAACAUGCGACCAGACAUAGCCUUGAGUGUGGCCCAAACCAUAUUCCAGAGUGACAUGAGGGAAAUUCUAAGCCUAGUCACUGUGCCCUGCCACAUCAUCCAAAGUAUGAAGGACUUGGCCGUGCCGGUGGUGGUCUCCGAAUAUCUUCACCAAAACCUCGGUGGCGAUUCGAUAGUUGAAGUGAUGUCAUCAGACGGACACUUGCCACAGUUGAGCUCGCCGGAUAUUGUCAUUCCUGUGCUACUUAGACACAUUCGUCAGGAUAUUGCACAGUGAUGUGGGCUUUCUUUGCAAUUGUUUGUGUUAAUUGUUGGUUAAGGGGGUGGGUAGUUUUAUUUUUUGUUAUCGUUUGUCUUUAAAUCCAUGUCCUUUUUAUCCCUUGAACUUUGUUAUCAGCAAUUUCAUUACUGGAAUCUUUGCCAGUGCGAGGCAAUUUCUGUUUCA